AUGCGGGGCGGGAACGGCACGUGGGUGUCUCACUUCACCCUGGUGGGCCUGCACCACCCCCCCCAGCUGGGCGCCGCGCUCUUCCUGGCCUUCCUCCUCAUCUACCUCCUCACCGUCUGCGGCAACGGGCUCAUCAUCCUCACCAUCCUGCUGGACGCGCGGCUGCACCGGCCCAUGUACUGGUUCCUGUGUCAUCUCUCCUUCUUGGACAUGACCAUCUCCUCGGCGAUCGUCCCCAAGAUGCUGGCCGGCUUUCUCCUGGACAGCCGGCGCAUCUCCUUCGGGGGCUGUGUGAUCCAGCUCUUCUCUUUCCACUUCCUGGGCUGCACCGAGUGCUUCCUGUACACGCUCAUGGCUUACGACCGCUUCCUGGCCAUCUGCCGGCCUCUGCACUACGCCACCAUCAUGACGCGCGGCGCGUGCCACUGCCUGGCGCUGGGCACCUGGCUGGGCGGCGCCGCGCACUCGCUCUUCCAGACCACCUUCAUCUUCCGGCUGCCCUUCUGCGGCCCCAGCCGCGUCGACUACUUCUUCUGCGACAUCCCCCCGGUCCUCCGCCUGGCCUGCGCCGACACCACGGUCAACGAGCUGGUCACCUUCGUGGACAUCGGCUUCCUGGCCCUCACGUGCUUCGUGCUCAUCCUCACUUCCUACGGCUACAUCGUGGCCGCCAUCCUGCGGAUCCGGUCGGCCGAGGGCCGGCGCAACGCCUUCUCCACCUGUGCCGCGCACCUCACGGUGGUGGUGGUGUACUACGUGCCCUGCACCUUCAUCUACCUGCGGCCCGGCUCCCGGGAGCCCCUGGACGGGGUGGUGGCUGUGUUCUACACCGUCAUCACCCCCUUGCUGAACCCCAUCAUCUACACACUGCGUAACAAGGAGAUGAAGGCCGCACUGCGGAGGCUGGGGGGCGUCCGGGACGUCCAGCCCCGCUGA